AUGGAGAAUAUUACUGAUGAUGUGAACAAUAUAUUGUCAUUAGAAUGCCGGCAAAAAAAAGAAAGAAAAGAGUUGCAAGCUAAAAUACAAAGCUUAAAAAAAGUUGCUAAAAAUAAUAAGUCGAAGAAGAAAGAAAUUACGAAUGAAAUUGCUCGUUUAGAGGCAGAAUUAGAAGCAUGCCAUAUCAAAGAAUUAGAAGAAAGUCAAAGGCUAUCCAUUAAUGAGGGUGUCGUUUGUAUCGAAGAAGACAACUCUGCACUGAACAAGGAAGAUGUAACAACUAAAAUAUCAAAAGCUAAAAGGCGACGAAAUAAAAAAAUCCAAGAAGAACGAGAAAUACAAGAGCAAAUUAAGAUACAAGAAAAAGAAAAUCGUUACGGUCCUAGAAAUAUUGAAAAACAAGAGAUAUUAAAAAGAUUAAAACCGAGGAAUCUUCAAAUUGUCUCCAUCACAUCUGAUGGAGAUUGUCUUUAUAAAGCAAUUGCACACCAAUUACAUUCUAAGAGAAAUACAGUAAUUUCUACAGAGGAGCUUAGAAAAAAAGUUUCUUGUCAUAUAAGGACCAAUAAGGAUGAUUUUAUACCAUUUCUGACAAAUCCAGAUACUUCUGAAAUGCUUACUGAUGUGGAAUUUGAUGAAUACUGUGAAAAAAUUUGUAAUACAAGAGUAUGGGGUGGACAGCUAGAAAUAAGAGCUCUGUCAGAUUACUUUAAAUGCCCAAUUCUUGUUAUACAAGCAACAGGCCCAGAAGCAAUUGAACAAGGCAGUCAUUAUAGUGGCCCACCAUUGAUUAUUACCUAUCACCGUCACAUGUAUAGCUUAGGUGAACACUACAAUUCUACUCAGCCUUUUACGCAUGAGUGUGAUCUUGUACCUUCCUUAUCGACAGACAAUGAGGCUUGA